GGGAGGGGGAGCCGAAUCACCCAUAUUUCUGUCCAUUAUUUUUUCUCUUCGUCCUCUUUGUUUCGGUUUAAUAAUAUUUAUUAUCUUUUUACAUAAUUUUAGUAUAUAGAUUCUCUAACACCAUGAGAAAGUUGGCAAAAUUUACGCGCUUUCUUCUCAGACCCAUCUAAAUUUGCUCUACUUCCAUUGCUACAACAUUAAUCUAUUUCUACCUCACAACCUUAUUUUUAAGUUACAUCUUUAUUUGACUGCUAAUUUCUUGACUUUGCCGGCCGGAUUGGACCAUUGGGUUGGGGAUGAAUGAAUGGUGGGGUUUCCGCCGGCAGCGGCUGCGAUGGGCGGUGGUGGUGAUUUUGCUGUUUCAGAGUAUGACACUCUGUUUUUCUCUGAAUAAUGAAGGUUUAGCAUUGUUGAGGAUUAGGGAAGCGGUUGUUAGAGACCCUUUUGGUGCUUUAGCGAACUGGAACGAUAAAGGUGGGGAAUUUGAUCAUUGUUCUUGGUUUGGUGUUGAGUGUUCUGAUGGGAAAGUUGUGAUACUGAACUUGAGAGAUCUCUGUCUUGGAGGGACAUUAGCGCCUGAAAUGGGGAAAUUUGCCGACAUAAAAUCCAUCAUUCUGCGAAACAACUCCUUUCAUGGGGAAAUUCCUCAAGAGAUUGGGGAUUUGCUUGAGCUAGAGGUUUUGGAUUUGGGAUUUAAUAAUUUCUCUGGGCCAUUUCCCUUGGAUCUUGGGAAUAACUUGUCUCUAACCACUUUGCUUCUUGAUCAUAAUGAAUUCAUUACUAGCAUAACUCCUGAAGCCUAUGAACUCAAUUUGCUCUCUGAAACUCUAAUGGAUGAGGAGCAGCUCUCCAGCAUUCAUGGAAAAUCUUCUUGUACUAGAGAAACUUUAUGCUGGAAUUUUGGCCAGUUCCAAGAUGCAGAUUACAAGAGGCGGCGGCUAGGAGAAGGAGGAGUUCAAUCUCCCAAACGUUUGUUCUUCUCGUUACCACCGUCUUCGUUCGCUUCGUCUCCAUCUCCACUAUCACCUUCCGAUCCACCAUUCUCUCCAGCACCCUCCCCAAGUUCCCCAUCAGCAUCUCCCACAGAGCCUCCAGCCCCAUUGUGGUCAUUAGCACCAGGACCUAGCCUCCAUUUGAGUCCUGCACGACCACCUGCUGUAGCUCCGACUCUACACUCACCAGUUCAUGUUCUUACACCACCUCACUCCCGUGGCGUUCCACCACACUCCUCGGCUCCUUCUCCAAGUCUGAUUGGGAGGAGUAAUAAGAACAAAAGUCACAAAGUUCUAAUAUUGACAGGAAUUGUAGCAGGAUCAUUGUUCUUGUUAUUUGCAACCGUUGGAAUUUUGAUGUUCCGAAGCAGUAAGGUUGUUACGGUGAAGCCUUGGGCCACAGGUUUGAGCGGACAGCUGCAGAAGGCAUUUGUAACAGGUGUCCCAAAGCUUAAGCGAUCCGAACUUGAAGCAGCUUGUGAAGACUUCAGCAAUAUAAUUGGCUCCUUCUCAGAUAUCACAGUGUAUAAGGGAACUCUUUCCAGUGGGGUUGAAAUAGCUGUCACAUCAACUGCAGUGACAUCAAAUGCAGAUUGGUCAAAAACUAAAGAAGAACAAUUCAGGAAAAAGAUUGAAACUUUGUCGAGGGUGAACCACAAGAACUUCGUCAGUCUUAUUGGCUUUUGUGAAGAAGCACAACCCUUCACAAGGAUGAUGGUUUUUGAAUAUGCUCCAAAUGGAACUCUCUUUGAGCAUCUCCACAUAAAAGAAGCCGAGCACUUGGACUGGGAGAUGAGACUGAGAAUAGCAAUGGGAGUAGCAUACUGCUUAGACCAUAUGCACCAGCUCGAUCCGCCUGUCGUUCACAGACAUCUUUGUUCUUCUUCGGUAUACCUCACCGAAGACUACGCUGCCAAGUUGUCAGAUUUUAGCUAUUGGAGUGAAGCAACAGCAGCGAAGUUAGGAUCAGCAACCGUCGAGCUCUUGGAAACAUCACCAGCAGAUUUAGAGAGCAAUGUUUAUAGCUUUGGAGUGAUUUUGUUAGAAAUGAUUACAGGUAGACUUCCAUUCUCGGUUGAUGAUGGCUCUCUUGCAGAUUGGGCAUCAGAUUUUCUCAAGGGAGAACAGUUUUUAAGAGACAUAGUUGAUCCAAUUCUAAGCGCUUUCAAAGAAGAACAGCUUGAGAAUUUGUCUCAAGUGAUAAAAAUGUGCGUCAAGCCAGAGCCUAAGCAAAGACCGACAAUGUCCGAGAUUGCUUUACGGUUGAAAGAAAUCACAGCAUUGGAGCCUGCUGAAGCAACACCAAAGCUAUCUCCUCUGUGGUGGGCAGAACUAGAAAUCUUGUCUACAGAUACAAAUUGAGUUCAAGUGGAACAUCAAGUUUGAAGUUAACUCAUGCUAUCCUUUUCUUUUAGGAUUUUUCAAAAUUCUUUUGUUGAUUGUAGUAGUAAAGUAAUUGGCUGAUUGACUGUAAAAUGAGGAAGAAAUGGUUCAAAAUAGCAGCAGGGGUUGAGUAGGGAGGAUGUUGAUCUUCACUUAUGCAAAGUGGUAAGAAAUGAAAGAUGUACAUAUGCUAAGCCUGUGUUGUAAAAGCUCCACAACAUAAAUAUGUAUAUGAUCUUGGUUUUCUGAGUGUUUUUUGUA